CAAGACGGACUCUCGAUGAAGAAUGACUACAAGCCCCAGGAUUCAACGGGGCUCUCCCACAGGAAGGGAGACGGGCCCGGAAGCCGGAAGUUCAAUGGCGGCCACCAGCCGGAGCGGCGGCCCGCGCGAGCUCCCGCCCUAGUGGGAGGGGUCGUGCUGAAUCGGGCGCCGGGUGUCCUCUCUUGCGUCGGGAGCCUACUGCUAGAGGGGGACGACAUGCCAACUGCCAAGCAACUCGCUGACAUUGGCUACAAGACCUUCUCCACCUCCAUGAUGCUGCUCACUGUGUACGGGGGCUACCUCUGCAGUGUCCGCGCCUACCACUAUUUCCAGCGGCGCAGCUCCCGGCGCCAGGCCGCGGAAGAACAGAAGACCUCAGGAGCCCUGUAGGACUGGGGGGCUUUUUCCCUGAGCAGAGAGGCUUGAGGCCUGCUGUGCAAAGACCUCACCUGCGAUCAUUCCCAAGUCAAGAGGACCAGGGCCUUAAUAGUUUUCAAACCCUGCUGGGAAAAAAUGCGCAUGUUUUCUCUGGUACUGCCAUUUUGGGGAGGCCGUCAGAUCAUUACAGGAAUGGGAGGGUGAGGCACGCAUACAGACAUUAAAUAUUCGCCAUGUC